AUGGCAGACCCGAGCAUCCAGAUAGUCGACGGGGUCAUCCGCAAGCUGCUCAGUGUGCAGGAUAAACCCACCCAGACUGAAGUUACCGACAUCACCACAGACGAAGUGCUGCUGCUGUGUCGUAAAAUCCGCACGAUUUUCCUGGAGCAGCCUCCGCUCGUGGAAGUCCCCUCGCCAAUUAACAUUUGCGGUGACACCCACGGGCAGUACUCCGACUUGUUGCGGCUGUUUGAGAUGGGCGGGUUCCCGGAUGAACGGAGGUAUCUCUUCCUGGGGGACUACGUCGACCGCGCCAUGCAGAGCAUCGAGACAAUCUGUCUGCUUUUCGCGUACAAGAUCAAGUACCCGGAGCAGCUCUAUCUCUUGAGGGGGAACCACGAGUGCGCCUCGAUCAACCGCAUCUACGGGUUUUACGACGAAUGCAAGCGCCGAUACUCGGUCAAGGUGUGGCGCACGUUCGGCGACUGCUUCAACUGCAUGCCGAUCUCGGCUGUGGUUGCUGGAAAGAUCUUCUGCACGCAUGGAGGCCUGUCACCGGAUCUGUACACGCUCGACCAGAUCAAGAACAUUCGACGUCCGACGGACGUGCCGGACGAAGGUCUGCUGUGCGAUCUCCUGUGGUCUGACCCUGAUCCCGACAGUCAAGGCUGGACCGAGAGCGACCGCGGCGUGUCCUACAUCUUCGGCACUGACGUCGUGGACCAGUUCCUGAAGACCCACGAUCUGGACCUGGUCUGCCGAGCGCACCAGGUCGUCUCGGACGGGUACGAGUUCUUCGCCGGCCGCAAACUCGUGACCAUUUUCUCCGCGCCCAACUACUGCAACGAGUUCGACAACGCUGGCGCCAUGCUGGUCGUGGACGAGAGUCUCCGCUGCACUUUCAAAGUCCUCGCCUCCAGCGACAAACGUAAGCCAGCGAAGAAAGUUUAG